UCUCUCACACACACAAUCUAUUUCUCUCCCUCUCUCUCUCUCUUGAAUACUUUUGUUUAGUUUCAAGAGUAACAAUCAACCAACGAGACUUGAAAUCAAUUUAAAAAACAAUUGUAACAGUGACACAAACUAAUUAAUCAAAAGCAACGAACACAACAAUUUAACAACAACAACAAUCAACUAACUGUGAAAGGUGUAAAUCAACAAGUAAUUUUGUUGUCUCUCUCCGUAGCAAUUAACAAAGGUGACAAGUUUUGUUUUAAUGGAAACGGAUACAAUUAUAUUAUCACCUUCAUCCAUAACCUCAACGGUUACAUCAACCUUCACGAAUAUAUUACAAUUAUCAUCAACAACGACGCCAUCUUUUUGCUCAUCAUCCUCAAGAUCAUCACCAUCACCAUCAUCAUCAUCAUCAUCAUCAACAACAACCUCUGAAAACGAUGAUAAUGAAACACCAAACGAAAAGGAAAUGAAAUGUUCAUCCGUUUCCUAUGGUGGACAUGGAACUGGUUGUGAUAAAAGUGAUUGUAUCAUCGAUAGUGAUUCUGGUUUAGUAAUUGGUGUUAUCAAUGAUGAAGGUGAAUUAAUCAUGACCAGGAUGAUGGAUCAAUCGCCCAAUGAAAGUGAUUCAAAUGAGGAUAAAACUAAUAACCUGAAUAUCGAUGAAUGUAAAAUUUGCUACCAAGAAUUACCAAUAACCCAUCGUUCUUGCUGUGAUUAUAUUACUUGUGUUGAUUGUUUGAAACAAUAUUUUGCCUCUCAGGUUGAAAUGGGCUCCAUGAGGAUUGAAUGUAUUAAUAUUCAUUGUCAUGAACUUAUUGAUCCGGAAGAAAUAGCCAAUCAUUUGGAUAGUAAAUUAAGAGACAUUUAUUUCAGAUUAAUUCAGGAAAAUAACUGUAAUCUCACCUCGAAAACUUGUCCAUCAUGUUCAACCAUGUACACAUUGAAAAGUAGUCAACAAUUAAGAACCAUGAAGAAGAUAAUUAAAAAAGAUCCAUCAAAUUCAAGAGUUAAAUGUCCCGAGUGUAAAUAUUAUUGGUGUUUCUUGUGUCAUGCCCCUUGGCAUCAAGGGUUAACCUGUGGUCAGUAUCGUCAAGGUGACCGUUUACUUAAAGUUUGGGCGAAACAAUUAAGUCAAGGUCAACUAAAUGCUCAACGAUGUCCAAAAUGCAAGACUUUCAUCCAAAAAAGUGGAGGCUGUGAUCACAUGCACUGUAAUCGGUGUAAAACUGGAUUCUGUUAUCGUUGUGGUGAACCACUUCGUCGAUUAAAAUUUUUCGGUGACCACUAUUCAAAGUUCAGCAUCUUCGGGUGUAAAUACAGAUACAAGAAGGAAAAUCCGAUCCAGCGAAAGGCCAUUCGUGGGGCCGUUUUCGCGUCCAAACUAUUCCUCGCCCCAAUACUUGGUUCGUUAAUCUUUUGCGCUGGUACUUUAUUUGUCUCCGUGGCUGUUGCUUUCCUGCCCUUCUAUGGGGUCAUCACCAUUUACAAAAAGUAUUCACCAUAAGAUUGACCAUCGAACUGACCAUCACCAACUCAAUGUCUUCCUCUCAACCACUGGUCACCAACGAUUAUAAUAUAAAUACUAUUUGGAUCUAACAAGAAAACAAAAAGUUACGAUUUGAUUGUUAUUAUGAUUAACGAUCUUGGCGAAGCAAAUUCAAAUUCAAAUUUUGAUUGUGGUUAAAAUCGUCAACACCAAUUAACUGAUUCGACAUUUUAUCCCCUAACAAUUUAACUCGUAAAUUAAUUAACCCUGAAUAAUUUAAAUCGAUUAACUUAAUUGAUCCCGCUGGAGCAUUUAAUUGCGACCCUUGAAGAAUCUUAAAUUGUGACGAUUAACUUUUUAAUUAUCAAGGUUCCAAUUGGUUUUGUUUUGUCUCAAUUCAGUUAUAAUCUCAACAUCUGAUUAAUUGUUGAUUCAUUAUUAUGGUUAAUCAACAAUCAACUGUUAAUCAUGAUUAAUAUACUAUGUUUUUCAGUGUUGGAUGAUUAUUCUGAAUGAACAACUAGUCACAAUUUGUUAAUCAUUUACUCCUUGACCCAGUUAAUUAAUUUAAACCACACCUCGUUAAUUGUUGCUGUCCUUUUGAUCAUAUUGUUUAAUUCAAAUUCAAUUUUUGCUUCUUGAUGAGUUUUUUUUUUAUAUUUUUUUAACAACAAUUAAAAUUAUGUAGUAUUUGUAAAUUGUAUUGUAAUAAUAAUAUUUAAUAAAUGAAUCAAAGUAAAUCAAUUGUAACAAUUUAUUGAUUUAUUACAAACAAUAUAUUUUUAAUUGUUCACUUGUCUGUAUUGUGUAAAUCAAUAAAUUGUGUUACAAUUUGAGGUUUGCUUUUUGAUCAAAUUUAA